AUGGGUUGCUGUGGGUGUGGUGGCUGCAGUGGUGGCUGUGGUGGCUGCGGUGGUGGCUGCAGUGGUGGCUGUGGUGGUGGCUGCGGUGGUGGCUGUGGUGGUGGCUGUGGCAGCUGCACCACCUGCAGGUGCUACCGGGUGGGCUGCUGCUCCAGCUGCUGCCCCUGCUGCCGUGGUUGCUGUGGGGGCUGCUGCAGCACACCCGUGAUCUGUUGCUGCCGCCGCACCUGCAGCUCUUGUGGCAGUGGCUGUGGCUGUGGGAAGGGCUGUUACCAGCAGAAGGGCUGCUGUCAGCAGAAGUGCUGCUGCAAGAAGCAAUGCUGCUGCUAG